AUGUAUUCACUUUUGGCGCUCCUCUUCGUCAUCUUCUUCUCUGGAAGCACUCUGCUCGUUCAAUGCGUUGGAAAGAAAAAGGGAGCAACUUCUGCCGAAGGAAAAUCUUCGACGAUGGCCCCGGCUCCUGGAGGAGCUCCUGCUGCUGCUUCCGCUCAAGGAGAACCUGAAGAGAAGAAGGAGUAA